AUGGACGAUAUUCUGUCAGCAGCGUUAACCGAGGCGGGUCUCGAAGAGUUUCUAUGCGCACCGUCACCAGUACCGAGCACUUCUGGAAGCGCUCACGAUGAAGCGGUAGUCACACAAAGCGCUCCACCCACAUCAUAUCCAACCUCCUCCUCCUCAUCCACGAAUAAUCACUUUUUCGACGAUUCGCAUUCGAAUGACUCCGCCCACUCGGCGACGACCUAUUAUAACACUCCGCUGAAUACACCGUUCGUUUCUGCAGAAGAUGGCGGUGCUCCGACGUCGUUUUUCGGAAUGGACGAGGAGGACGGAGGGUGUACGAUUACGCCGGCAAGAAGUCAAAGUUUAGAGGAGCCGUUGUAUUAUCCGCAAGUUCAGGUGAUCCCUCGAAAACAACUGCCUCCGGAACCCAAAAAUGAAGAGCCACCAUCAACGCCUCCUGAAGAGGAUCAUCCAACGUCAUCUGAAAUUUCAGAUCCAAAAGUGAUAAAAGAAGAACCAGAAAGUACUCCAUCCACAUCAACUGCAGUAUCUUCACGUGUUGUUUCUUCGCUGGCUUCUCAACGAUCUCACACAGGGUCUCCAGUCACAUCAGAAGGGAUUACUGCACCACUAACCAGAAAGAGCUUGCCAGUGACACCUGGUUCAAUUGUGAAACGAACUGUACAGACAAAGGAUGGACUGCAGACGCAGUAUUUGAAGGCUGUGGUGAACGAGAAUGGCGAAAAAAUCUAUCGAUUGCUGAGCCCCGUCGCUGCUUCCGCUGUGGCUGCUCGCGGAGCAAUGGCCAGAUCAUCAACAGGUCCACAAUCGGUUCGUGUCGGUAACACCAUAGUAAAUAAGAACGGAGAGCGUUUGAUGGUAGUGAGGAAUCAAACCGGACCUAAUGGACAACUACUAGUCAAGAGGAUCGUCACAAACGGGACACGAGGCACAGGCGGAAUUCCAGGAUCCAGAAUGAUAGCCAGUGGAGGUCACGGAAGGGAGCAGGUGUAUAGAGCGCUUAGCGGAUCCGGAGGCCACUUGAUCCGUCGAACAGUGCCAGGAGGACAAGCUCAGAGAGGUGGAAUGGUCGUCAGGCAUGCAGUUCGAGGGACAUACGGAGGUGGGAAUGGUGUAUCUGCGCCUGGAUAUCGUGUAAAUCUUGUUGGACGUGGCGGAUCCACAAUGGUACACCAUCAACCGCUGAACCGGGUGGUCGCUCGAGGAGCCAUUCAGACGUCUGGAGGCCGAAUUGUGUCACGUGGCGCUUUGAGACCGCAGCCAUUGCAUGUGUCGAAUUCCACGCCGUCUUUUCAGUACAUGGAAGAGAAUCCUGGAAAUUCUGGAAGUUUCCAGCAGGCAAAGACACCUGGUGCAGGGGUUAUCCAGGCUAGACACAUGCAGCAACAACAAUAUCAAGUUGGUCAACAUCAGAAUCGAAUGGUUUUGAAUAGAUCAUCUACCAACGCUGGAAUCUCUCGAAUGGUCGGUGGGUACGAUCCACAACAACUUCCGCAAGUCGCGCCGAACGGACGUCUAAUCAUUCCGACGAAUUCUGUGAUGCGUGGAAUUCCAGGACCAUCAGGGAUGCCGUCACCUAGAAUUCCAGUCACUCCACAGCCACAAACCAAGUCGCAGAAGGCCAAGGAUGAGAUGAGGAUGGCGUAUCAAGUGGGAAGAGAUGAGGCUUUGCAGCAGAGAAAGAAUGAUUUGGAGGAUGAUGAAGAGAACCUUGGCUAUGCAGAAACCUAUUCCGAGUACACCCCAGCAAAACUUCGUUCCGGAAUGGCCCAUCCUGACAGUGUCGUUGAAUCCGCAUCCCUCUCCAGUGUCUCCCCGCCAGACGUCAAAUAUCAAAUCUCGAUUCCCGAGUAUUUGAUCGAUAUGGGACACAUCUCUGCACUUCAGUUAGAAGCUGUCAUUUAUGCCUGUCAGAUGCACGAGCGACGAAUGCCUUCAGGAGAGAGAUAUGGAUAUUUAAUUGGUGAUGGUGCUGGUGUUGGAAAGGGUCGAACGGUGGCUUGUAUCAUUUUUGAGAACUAUUUGCAGGGUCGUAAACGCGCGAUCUGGCUCUCUGUCUCCUCUGAUCUCAAAUUCGAUGCUGAACGAGACCUCCGUGAUUGUGGUGCUCCAAAUAUCCCAGUUUACGCUUUAAACAAGAUGAAAUAUGCUAAAAUUUCCGGAAAAGAAAAUGGGUCCAUCAAGAAAGGAGUCAUGUUUGCCACGUACACAUCGCUGAUUGGAGAGUGUCGAGGAGCAAAAUCUCGCAAAUACCGUAGUCGUAUCAGCCAACUGAUCCAAUGGUUCGGUCAGGAUUACGAUGGAGUUAUCAUUCUUGAUGAGUGCCAUCGAGCCAAAAAUCUGGUGCCAACCGCCGGAGCAAAGCCAACAAAAACAGGAAGAAUGGUUCUAGAACUUCAGAAGGCUCUUCCAAAUGCUCGUGUUGUGUAUGCUAGUGCUACUGGAGCUACUGAGCCCCGAAAUAUGGCCUAUAUGACUCGUUUGGGACUAUGGGGAGAGCGUCAGGCGUUUCCAGAGUUUCACGAUUUUAUCUCUGCCGUUGAGCGACGAGGUGUCGGAGCUAUGGAGAUCGUGGCGAUGGAUAUGAAGCAGAGAGGUCUCUAUUUGGCGCGUCAGUUGUCUUUUCGAGGAGUCUCGUUUGCGGUUCAGGAGGUUCAGUUGUCGAGUGACUUCGUGAAGAUGUACGAUGCGGCGGUGAAGUUGUGGAUGGAGGCGAGAAGGCAGUUUCAGACUGUAAUAGAAACCAUGGAUGAAGAAGAGCGAUCCACCUGCAAAACGAUUUGGGGACAAUUCUGGGCUUGUCAUCAGCGAUUCUUCAAAUAUCUUUGUAUUGCCGCCAAAGUUGACACCUGUGUUCAACUAUCCAGAGAAGCUAUCAAGGCCAAAAAAUGCGUCGUAAUUGGUCUUCAAUCCACCGGAGAAUCAGCAACAUUGGAGACGUUGGAGGAGAUGGGCGGAGAACUGAAUGAGUUCGUUUCUACUGCCAAGACUGUUCUCUAUGGCUUGAUUGAUAAGCAUUUUCCAACGGACACAUCGCUUUCGAUGGGUGAUCGAGACAUUUUCAAAGAUUUCGAUGACUUUGAUAGACCUGCUAAGCGGAGAAAAACUCGAGAGACUCUUAGCUUCCUUGGAGAUGUUGGAUUCGACACGUGGACUGGUGUGACGACUGGAAUGGGUGGACAAGUCGGAGAAGGUGGCAAAAGUCUGAAGUUUGGAUCCAUUGGUAGACCUGGAACAUCGAAAGUAGGACAAGACGAGGCUAAUUCGACAACAUCGGAAAGUUCUGGAGACGAAUCUGGAGACAAUUCUGCAUCCGAAUUUGAGGAUGAUAAAAAUGGAGACCUUGCCAGCGCGAGAGAAGAAGCAGAGGGAGCUCGUACCUUGGAAGAUGGAGAGGAGGAUGAAUGGGUGAAGGCGUUGUUGGCAGAAGCAGAAUCAUCAAGUGACGAGGAUUCAGAUGAAGCUGAAGACGUGAAAGAGGAUGCAGAAGACGAGGAGGAGGAAGGAGAGCAGCAGGUGAAACGAGAGCCAGACGAGGAGUUUAAUCCGUUCAUGUGUGAUUUUUCGAGAGGAGAUCCGUGGGCGAACAUGCAGCAAAUCGUGGAAGACACGCCUGUCAAAGAACGAAAGACGAAGAAACGAAAACGCGACGAGGAAGAAGCUGAAAGAAUGAGAGAGAAGGUUCGGAAACGAGAAGAGCGUCGUGAGAAGAAACGUCGUCGUGCGAUUCGGAAGGCUGAAAGAGAGAAGAGACGCAGAAACGAGGAACUCCAAGCUCGAGGAUCCGCUACAGACUUCAUCACGUCUUCUAGAAUAUGUGGGUCUUCUGGAGAAAAAGAGGAUAUCAAUCCAUUGCUCAUCAAAACCGAGCUACUUGCCGCUGUAGAAAGAUUAGCACCUUCGCUCCCAGCGAAUACCUUGGAUCAGUUGAUCGAUGAGAUGGGCGGCCCUGAAUAUGUUGCAGAAAUGACUGGAAGACGAGGUCAUAUGGUGACCACUGAGACUGGAGAUGUCAUGUACCAAAGGAGAAAUGCCAAUGCAGAAGUUUCACUGGAAUUGAUCAAUAUGGAGGAGAAGGAGAAGUUCAUGCGUGGCGAGAAGCUCAUCGCUAUUAUCUCUGAAGCGGCGUCAUCUGGAAUCUCUCUACAAUCGGAUAGACGUGCUAUGAAUAAAAGAAGACGUGUGCAUAUCACUUUGGAACUUCCGUGGUCUGCUGACAAGGCCAUUCAACAGUUCGGAAGAACCCAUCGAUCCAAUCAAGUCUCUGGACCAGAGUAUGUUUUUCUGAUAUCUGAGUUGGCUGGAGAGAAACGAUUCGCUUCCAUCGUUGCAAAACGUCUGGAAUCUCUUGGAGCUCUUACCCAUGGAGAUAGAAGAGCCACUGAGACGAGAGAUUUGUCUCAAUUUAAUAUGGAUAAUAAAUAUGGAAGAGUUGCUCUUGAUACUCUUUUGAAAACUGUAAUAGGACAGGCUGGAGUGCCUCUUAUCGAGCCUCCCAAAGAUUAUAAGGCUGGAGACUUCUUCGAAGAUAUGAGACUUUAUAUGGAAGGUGUUGGAUUGCUGGCUAAGAACAAAAACGGACAGUAUACCAUUGAAAAAGAAGCAGCGACGAUUCCAAAGUUCCUCAAUCGAAUCCUGGGACUCCCUGUACACGCUCAGAACUCGCUGUUCCAUUACUUCUCGGAAAUCGUUGCGGAGCUGAUUGCUCAGUCCAAACACGAUGGAACCUAUGACACUGGAAUCAUGGAUCUGGGUACUGGUGAUGAUCAGGUUCGGAAGCUGGAGACUCGAGUGUUCACAGGACGAGUCGAUAAUGGAUCGUUCCGGGUUGAGAUGCACAAGAUUGGUGUGGAGAGAGGAGUCAGUUGGGAUGAGGCGAUGGAGUUGUUCAAGGAGCAUAGUAAUGAUGAUGACGGAUUCUAUCUUUGCCAUCCGGGCGGUGCUAACACUGCCAACACGAAAAAAGUGGCCGCCUUGGUAUACGGUAUUGGAAAGAUUCGAAUGGAUAACGGAGCUCGGCUCUAUGCAAUAACCCGCCCGUCUACUGGUCGAUCUCCCAAGUUGAUGACCAUGGCUGAUUUGAGUAAACGAUUCAGCAAGGUUACGGUAGAUGAAGCCAAGGAGGUCUGGAAGCAGCAGUAUGAUUCCGCCGCGAACAUGUGUCAACACAACUACAUAUACUCAAAAUGUCGUACCGAAUCCAAUGGAACGUAUUGUGAAGUUGGACGACGUACACGAACCUAUUUCGUUCUGUCCGGAUCCGUCUUGUCUGUUUGGCCGAUUGUCGAAGAGGUUCUCGCUGGAAGCGAUCGGAAGUCGUCUCGAAUGCAAGUGAUUCGUGUCAGAACUGAUCAUGAUCAGAAGAUUGUUGGUAAGUUGGGGAUAAACAGACACACAGACAGAGGAAAACAAUUGUCGUUAUCAGUGAUCUGUCUACUGGUGCUUCCAAGCCACGUCCGCAACCUUGUCACCCAACUGGAAACCCACUGUGGCAGAAGUUAUGUCAAAACUGAGCCCUAA